CUAUGGAUUUUUAGUAAACUUCAAUGAUCGAAACUUUUCUAUUAAAAAGAAUGUAUUAAAAAUUAAUACUUUAUAUUACAGCUUGAUUUGACCAUAAUUAGAAUAAAAGACGGAUUAAAGUUUUAUUAAGAUUUGUAUGUUAUAUCGCGUUAUUAUAUGAUCUGAUAAAAUCCAUAGUUUAAUUAUUACUGAUUCAAUAACAAUACCCGAGUUUGUUGCAUCAGGACAUUAGUGUGAUUAGACAAAAGUGCAUUUGAUAGAUUUCUUAAAUGAUUUACACAAAUUUUUGUAUAAUAUGACAUUUUUACUAAUUUGUCGUAUUUAAUUAGAGCUUUAUUUGUACAUCUACUUAGCAAAUGUUAACCUCGUACUGAGACAAUUUCUGGCGUCAUGUGUGGUAACAUAACCACAUUUCUGGAAGUGAACAACACGAUUGUAGUGUGUACAUUUUUAUGUGUGUAUUUUAUAAUUUGAUAUUUAUUACACAAAAUAUAUUGUGCUCAUAAAAAAGAAUUAUAAAAACUUGGUAGCUAUGGAAAAAUUGAAUUGUCCAUCGGAAGAAGUUUUAAAAAAUGCUAUUUUAGAAAUCAAAGAGCCAUUAUUAUUUCAACGAAUGUUACAAAAUAUGACAGAUGGAUACACUUGGAAAUUAUUAGAUUGGAAUUUGUCUCAACUGGUUGAAAAGUUUGGCGACAUUAAGCUACCAUUUCGAAUUGGUUGUAAUGCCAAAACCAAGGGUCCACAGUGGGAGGUGAACUGUCCUGUGAUUUCAAUGACAUUAUCAGAGUUUAUUAAACACAUUAAUUGUAAUGAAGAUAACAAAGAAUGGUAUUAUUUUGAUUACAAAUAUAUGCAUGAAUGGUUUAAAGAUAAACCAGAGAUAAUAGAUUCAGUAAAUUGGAAAAGGUUUGGUUUUGAGAAGACAGGUUUUGAUUCCACGCUUUGGAUAGGAAGCAAGGGUGCGCAUACAAAUUGUCAUCAAGAUUCUUAUGGCUGCAACUUAAUAGCACAGAUUCAUGGAAGAAAAGAAUGGUUAUUGUUUCCUCCAAGUUCAAGUGAUGUUCUCCAUGUAACAAGGGUUCCAUAUGAAGAAUCAACAGUAUAUAGUAAAUACAAUUUCUUUUGCCCUACUGAAGAAGAUGAAAUAAACAUAUUAAAAAUGAAAGAUAAGGCAAAAGUAAUAAUCCUUGAGCCAGGAGAUGUUUUGUUUGUACCUGCUGGUUGGUGGCAUUAUGUAGAAUCAUUGGAAUUCUCUGUUAGUGUAAAUACAUGGUUACCAAUUGUAACAGACAGUGUGUCAAGAGUUAAAGAAGCCCUGGUUAAAUUAAUAGUAGCUAGAAUUGGCAAGAAUCUUCUUGAGAAAUCUGAAGAAGCUCAUUUUUCAUUAUCUUAUUGCAUAAAAUUGCUCAGUGUUGCUCUUGGAGAAUGUAAAAAUAUAGAAAAUAUAGAUUUAUCUCACAAAAAGGUAAAACACACAGAAUGGACAGCAGAUGAUUUAGUAGAACAAUAUCCACAAUAUGUGAAGAUGGUAAAGGAUCUUGAAACAUCAGAAAUGAAGGAACUUUUAAGAAUGAAAAGAAAAAGAUUUCCUAACAACAGUGACGUGUCAGUACUGAGUUGUACUUCUAAAUCUGAUAAUAAUGCUCAAGAUACUUCAAUUCAUAAGUUAUCUGAAGAUAUUAUAAAUGCAUUGUGUCAUCCAGAUGUUAUUAAUAAAGUGACAGACAUACUUCUAUCUUCAUAAAUAUGUACAUUUAGCUCUAUUUUAUUUUACAGUACAUGAAUGAAUUAAAAUAUUUAUUUUCCUUCGUAUUUUUAAUUAUCUUCUGUAAAUUGUUACAAGGAAAGAAUAUAAGGAUUAUUUUAAUUA